GAACAGGACCAUUUUGUUUUACUUUAAUAUUCUGAAAUGUGCCAGCCCGAUAGUUCUAAUUAACCUACAGUGCCCUACAACACAGCUUUGUGUCUCAAAGUGCCCAGAUAGGUUUGCAACCUACAUAGACAUGCAGGCUUCCUACAGAUAUAAACCUGAUCAGUGGAAUUACUACAGACAAUUCUGCAAACCUGGUUUUAAUAAUCCUUGGAAGUCUGUUGUCCAAGUUAUACGUGAUGAAGACUGUCCUUCGAUGAUCAUUCCAAGCAGACCUUUUCUGAAGAGAUGCUUUCCUGACUUCUCCACAAAGAAUGGCGUUCUGACUGUAGCGAAUCAGACCACAUUCAAGGAUGGAAGGCGAAAAACAAGAAAUGUGACUGAUCUCAGGGAAGCUGCAAAUGGCAUCAAUAAUGUUCUUGAUGCAAGAUCAAUUGGAAUGAAAAUAUUUGAAGACUAUGCCAGUUCAUGGCAUUGGAUUUUAAUUGGCCUGUUCAUUGCAAUGGUUGUGAGCCUGCUCUUCCUCGUGCUGCUGAGGUUCACAGCGGGGGUCCUCUUCUGGAUUUUCAUCUUUGGUGUGAUUGGAAUGAUAGGCUAUGGCAUCUGGCAUUGUUACUGGGAGUAUGAUCAUCUUCGGGGAAUACCAGGAUCUGACCUCACCAUCUAUGAUAUUGGGUUCCAGACUGACUUCAGAGUGUACCUGCAACUGAGGCAAACAUGGUUAGCAUUUAUGAUAAUACUUUGCAUUGUGGAAGUCAUCAUCAUACUGAUGCUGAUCUUCCUAAGGAAUCGGAUCCGGAUUGCUAUUGCACUCUUGAAGGAAGGCAGUCGGGCUGUUGGCUACAUAACAUCUGCAUUAUUCUAUCCAAUUAUCACCUUCAUUCUAAUUGCAAUCUGCAUUUCCUAUUGGGCAGUGACAGCUGUUUUCCUGGCUACAUCAGGAGAACCUGUGUAUAAAGUAAUGGCUAAUCAAACACUGUGCAAGUAUGCAAACCUGACCUGCGACCCAGAGACUUUUAACACAACCAAUGUGACCAAAUUGUGUUCUGGUGCUCAGUGUACUUUUGCUUUCUAUGGGGGAGAAAGCCUGUACCACAGAUACAUCUUUAUCUUUCAACUUGCCAAUGCUUUUGUCUUUCUUUGGCUGGUGAACUUUGCAAUUGCACUGGGUCAGUGUACCCUUGCUGGUGCCUUUGCCUCCUACUACUGGGCUUUUAGAAAACCUGCUGAUAUUCCCCCAUGGCCACUCUUUUCUUCCUUUGGACGAGCAAUACGAUACCACACAGGUUCACUGGCAUUUGGGUCUUUAAUUCUUGCAAUAGUCCAGCUGAUUAGAAUAAUCUUGGAGUACCUGGACCACAAACUGAAAGGUACACAAAAUUCCUUCACAAGAUUUCUGCUCUGCUGCCUCAAAUGCUGCUUCUGGUGUUUGGAAAAAUUCUUGAAGUUCAUCAACAGAAAUGCUUAUAUCAUGAUUGCAAUAUAUGGUAAGAACUUCUGUGCUUCGGCAAAGGAAGCGUUCUUUCUGCUGAUGCGCAAUGUGGUGAGAGUUGCCGUGCUGGACAAAGUUACAGAUUUCUUAUUGUUCCUGGGGAAAAUUCUCGUUGCUGGUGGUGUAGGUGUUCUAGCUUUCUUUUUCUUCACACACAGAAUACAAGUAUUCACACAAGAAGCACCAACUUUAAAUUACUACUGGGUUCCCUUGUUGACUGUCAUUAUUGGUUCUUACCUAGUUGCGCAUGGGUUCUUCAGCGUCUAUGCAAUGUGUGUUGAUACACUUUUCCUCUGCUUUUUGGAAGAUUUAGAAAGACAUGAUGGCUCUUCAGAAAGACGUUAUUACAUGAAUAAAUCCCUCUUGAAGAUUUUGAACAAGCAGAAUGUAGAAACCAAGAGACAGUAAAAUAUACCCACUGCCAUAAGCAUACAAUCAUGUUGAUUUAGUCCUGUUUUGAGUCAUUCUUUCCCCAGCAAGAUAUUCAUUGUUGGUUUUUAUUUGCAUGUUUUAUACCAAAGUUUAUAAUAUGUGAAGCCAUCAGCAUUUGUAGUGGAAUUGUUAAACAAAACAAAGAAACAAACAAGAUGGGAACAUUUUUAUACUGAGAUUUUUUUUUUCUUUUCUGAGUUGUAUUUAGCUUUUGAUUCUAGCAGUAUGGGUGUUUUGAAGAAGCUGAUUAGAGUUUUAAAUAUUAGCAUUAAAAGGUUUGAAAUGUUUUACUGUUAUAUAUAUUACUAUAAGACAGUAAAAAGAUUUCAGCUGCCACAAUGUUCAGUCAAGAAAGAGACUCAUUUUCAACAUGCUACUAAAAUCAAUGGUUACAGAAAGAUGUGGUAUGACAGAUUGUAUUGCUGUUGUAGUGUAGAAGUCUCUCUUUAAACAGUUUCCAGUCACUCAGCCUGUACUACUGUGUCCUGUAUGACAAAGUGCCUUACUGGCUAUUAUGAUUACCCAGUUCAUAUUUUGAAGUUUACACACAUCUUUUCAACCACAAAACAGAAAUUGCUCAAUAGAAAAUACAAGACUCUCAGUUUACUUGAAAUGAAUCGGUACAAAAUAAGCUGCAAUUUAAAUAAAUUUGACAUUUUUACUAUAUACUGCAUCAUGCACAUGUCUCUGGUUGCUGUCGUCAGAUUACUGAAAGUGCACCCUAUGCUUCAAGAUAAAGCAUAAGACAGUGGUUCUGUUACAAGAAAAUCAUGUAAGAAUGUUUGGUUCCUGUAGUAAACAUUUUAUAAAUCUAAUUUAUGACAUACUGAACUCUUUAAUGGGAGCCCUAUUCUGUCUUCAGCUACAAAGAUAACUCUCCUUGUAAAGGUGGAAAGGAGGGUAGAAUUUGGGCUCUUGUGAUUUAAAAUAGAAGAAUGAAAAGGGAAUCCAAUAGGUAUAUAUUACACUAGUGUAAUAUAUAUUUGUAUGUUCAUAAAUGUAAAGUAGAUGCUUCAUUUUAAGACAGAUUAUUUACUCUUCUGGAAGUGUUUUAUAAAUGACCUUUAAUUUUCUAACUUUUGAUACAGAUGAUCAGUUUCCUUGUAAUAUAUUGGUAAUUUGUACUGCACUAUGAUGAAACUAGGAAUAUAACUGCUCUUCAUAUUUAAGUAAUACUACUAGUGCUACUAAUAUAAAAACUAAUUCACUCUGUUACUUUAUGUUACAGAAAGGGUCCACAAGUAUUUGUCCCAAAUAGUUAUUUGUCUAAUCACAAAAAGACAACUCAACAUUUGACAAAAAAAUAAGUUCCUGUCUAUUUCACUUAUUAUUACAUUUAUGUCCUUAAUUUGAUUUAAUUUAAUUUUGGAGACUAUUAUUUUCAUGCAAAACCAAAUUAACAUGAGCACAUGACAGUCUGAGCUCUAAAAUAUGUUUGCUUCUGCUGUGCAGAAAUAUGAGUAACAUAUUGUUUAAAUAUCUUUGAUAACUAAAAUGUUUACUAUUUAAUGAACUUUGUUGUUACUUAUUGUUUUACAGCUCUUGGGGUCUGUUCUAAUAAAGAUUUAGAUAUAAAAGAAGAA